CCUCAAUUGAAGAGCGGUACAUAAACACUCGGUUGUUGUUCUGGUUCUGGCUCUGACUCUGGUAUGUUACGUUGCUGCAUCCAUGAACUGGCAUCUUUGCAACUGUUGUCUCCGGCGUGUCCACAUAUUUUGCUUUACGGGCCGCUUUACGCUUUCUUACCAAUAGAGAACUUUAUAUCUUUAAAAAGCAAUAAGACAAACUAUUCUUUUUGAAACAGCAUCAUAAUGUCUUCUUAUAAACUGGAGCACGAAAAAUUCAUCACUGGUCACAAUGGUACAAACUACCUCGAGGUGACCAUGGCAACUAGCAUUUCCUGCUUUGCUUGUUUUGCAAGAGAUUUGUUUUUGCUCUCCUCAGUCGGUAAACUUUUAAGGUUUGUGUUAAAAUUAAAUCACAAGUACAACCAUGGAUAAUCCGGACAUAAUGAUAAUGUCUUAAAUUAUAACAAUAAUUGGCUGUUUCAGAUUGAGCGGCCCACGACGACUUUGUUUUGGAUUCACUCCCCUUAUUUUUUUAUAUUUUUUGUUAAAGAGGUUAGUUUUUUAAUGGAAUGCGGGAUAAAUUAAGAGAAAGUGGCCCGAGUCUAUUUCCAUGGCCGCCAUCUUGGUUGCCUCGACCCGCGCACUUUUACGUGUUCACUGGUCGAGGCAACAAAGAUGGCGGCCAUGGAAAAAUAAAAUAAUUCACAUUUGCUAAAAUUUGGAAGAAAAAUUUUAAAAUGUAUGAAAAAAUUGUCUGAAAUUGAUCCCCAUGCCUAACCUGAACCCUAAAUCUAUCCCUAUCCCUAACCCUAAAUCUAUCCCUAUGCCUAACCCUAACCCUAAAUCGAUCCCUAUGCCUAACCCUAACCCUAAAUCGAUCCCUAUGCCUAACCCUAACCCUAAAUCUAUCCCUAUGCCUAACCCUAACCCUUAAUCUAUCCCUAUGCCUAACCCUAACCCUAAAUCGAUCCCUAUGCCUAACCCUAAACCUAAAUCGAUCCCUAAGCAUAACCUGAACCCUAAAAACUAGCAGUAAAUCCACAAGUUGUCAAAACACGUGGAAUUUCACACUUUCGCAAGAAAACGAUAAAAAUUAACAAAAAACAAUAAAAAAGGGCCCCAAAUAAUUCUAAACUGAAGUAAUAAUGAAAAUCCAACUUACAGUUUCAUAAAAUACACUUUUACACACUUUAUUUCAGGUUCCAAGGAAAAUAUAGCCACAAAAUGAAUAAAUCUCCACACCCCACAGGCACCCCAAAGAUAUCAAAUAUGGUGGAACAACCGAAAUAUGAUAAUCAGCCAACCAAUGAAAAUUUUACAAUUAUAAUUAAUCAACCAAUAAAAUGUUAAUUCCAAAAAUGUAACUCUUUUUAAAAAAAUACGAAAAAAAAUUAUGCAUUCUCCAAAUCUAAACAAAGGGCAAUAAAAAUGCCUAAAUCUCCUCGGGCCGGAUUCUCUUAAAUAGCCGGAAUGCGGAAUUCUUCUAAACACCUAACAAUGUAAAUUAUUAAAUAAAUGAAAUAAUAGAAUUAUAGUUCAUCCAGUAGAGCAGUCAAUUUGGCUUUGGCAUUUUAAAAAGUACUAAAAACGAAGGGUCUACAUGUCCGACGACUGUACAAAUAAUUCUCAAGAUAUUCGUCCGGCGCCCAGGUCACAUGACCGCCAUAACAAAGUUAGGCGAGAUAUCUGUCCGUCAGCCUUGCCACGUCAUCGCUAAUAGUCUCUCAUAAAACUGGCUUAGGAGAUGUGUGUGGUAUGGGGGGGGGGGGUGGGGGGGAAAGGAAGCAAUGCAUACUAGAAGGGAGAAAUACUGAGAGCGAGAGAGAAAGGAUAAAAAUGUUAGUGAGGGUGCUAAAUAAUUAAGGCGGGGAGGUCGAAAGUUCCCAAAUAGAAAUAGACCCUAUAUCUUAAUAUAGGGCCAAUGUAGUAUGCUGUUGGGGUAGACUACUUCUCACGUAAUAUCAAUAGCCUAUUUCUAUAUUCCCUAUAAAUAGUUUUGGGAUUGUUUAAAAGUAGGAAGAUUUUAGAUAGGUGAUUUUAUUUUUAAAAAAUACAUUUUUCAAACAUCCAAACCUACAAUGUAUAAUAUUUAUACUCAAGUCAUAAUCUAGGUUGGGAUUUGCAUCGUAUAAAUUGAGUGGCAUGGCAGCUAACAUCACUAACAUCCAAACUAAAAUUUUAAUAUUCCUCAAUAUGGCACACCAUUUGUUUGAUAAAUAUAAAUUAAAAUAUGACUAUUUAUAAUGCUAUCAAACUCAUGGCUCAGUAUCUAAGAUACUCAAAUAUUUUAAAAUUAAUUAAAAAUAAUUUACCUUUAUUAGGUUUCUUAGCAAUAUAAAUUAUAAGAAUAUAAAAUAGAAAUUAAAAAGUUAAUCUCCUUAUAUUAUUAAAUAUCUAAUAAUCAUAAAGUGAAUACUUUUAAUUUCAGGCCAAGAAUUCUGUCGGAGUUUCUGUUGUUGAUUCUGCCAAACAUUAUCAGUGUAACAAUUUUUUGUGACUUCAUAGAAUUAUUUGCCUUUUUAAUUUUGUUCAUCUGUACAGUUUACUGUAUGUAUCUAAAACAGACUCAUAAAGUUGUUCCAUCCACAUUAUAUGUGACAAAUUUGGAUAAUAGAAAAGCAUUCAUAACAUACUUCAGAUCAAUCAUCAAUGUUUGCACAGCCGUGGCAAUACUGGCUGUUGAUUUCCCAGUGUUUCCGAGGAAGCUAGCUAAAACAGAGACAUAUGGUUUUGGAGGAAUGGACAUAGGUGUAGGAUUAUUUGUUGUUGCAAAUGCCAUUGUUAGUCCAGAGACUAAAAAUAGAGAUGUAAAAAUACCUGCCUAUUCUCAUUUGAAAAAGGCUGUAUUUUCAUGCAUUCCUCUGCUGAUACUUGGGGUUGCUAGACUUUUAGCUGUUAAAGGUACUGAUUAUCAUGAACAUGUUACAGAAUAUGGUGUGCACUGGAACUUUUUUUUCACGCUUGUGGCCCUUAAGGUAAGUUGAUUUUUUAAAAGAGACUAUUCACUUAUUCAGAAAUUUAAUAUCCUGGACAAAAGUUAUCCUUUAAGUUUUGAUGAAAUGCAUUUAUCUUGAUAAUUGAAGACUUUUUCCAGUUUAAUAAAUUUCUGUACCUUUUAUAGUAAAGAUGCUAUUUAUAAUUAUAGCACAACUGCAACAUUCUGUAAAAGUUUAAAACUAUAAGUAAAAAACUAUUGUUUGAACUCAAAUAAAGAAAAAUUAGAUCCAUUUCAUAAGAGCUAAAUUUAAACUUGCUAAUCAAAAGCUUAAGUUUCUUUGAUUUAAUAACCAUGUGUAGCAAAACUUAUAAUGUAUUUUUAUCUUUUUAAAAGUAAAAUUAUAAAUAUAAUUGAUUGGUUUUUAAAUUGUAAAUAAAACACACCAAAUUUUGUAUUUUUAACAUUUAAUAAGUUUUACUUAUUUUUCAUUUAAAAAAAGUGCUUUUAUCAAUUUGUAAAGAAAUAGCAACUAAUGUUUAAAAAUACUUUUUAAUAAGGAAAGGCUUUUUAACUUUUUAAGUCAAUAUGUUGAUGAAUUUAUUAAUUUGUAUUAAAAUCUCUGGUGGAGGGGGAUUCAAUACUCAUUUUGUCCCAGGCAGCACAAGAUACGCCUGAGAAUAAAGGAAUGACUUUGAUAAAUAAUUAACCUUCUUAGGUACAUAUAUCAGGGGUAAAUUUUUUACAUGGAUGACAAUAUCUUUAAAUCCAUAAUAAUACUUACUUACUUAUGCCUUUGUACCCAGUCUGGGGCAUAGGCCAUCCACAAGAAUUCUCCACUCAUCACGGUCCUGUGCUUUCCUUUCCAAUUGUUUCCAGGUAUUUUGUGUUUCUGCCUCUAGCUCACGUCUCCAUGUAUUCUUAGGCCUUCCUCUCUUUCUUUUUCCCUGUGAGUUCCAUGUUAGGCAUUGUCUGGUGAUACUAUCUGGGGGUUUUCAGAGCGUAUGCCCUAUCCAUCUUCAUCUUUUCUUUAUGAUAUCUUCAUCAAUGGGCACAACCUGGUAUGUCCUUUCUAGUAGAUCUUUCUUGGUGAUGGUAUUUGGCCAUUGGAUGUUCAGGAUUUUUCAAAGGCAUGUGUUUAUGAAUGUCUGCACUUUCUGAAUAAGGCUCGCGGUUGUUUUCCAAGUUUCUGCUCCAUAUAGUAGAACUGUUUUAACAUUUGUAUUAAAGAUUCUAACUUUGGUUUGCAGUUUCAGCUUCUUUGAUUCCCAUAUUUUCUUUAAUAGCACAAAUGCAGAUCUAGCUUUUCCAAUUCUAGCCCUUACACCCGCAUCUGAUCCGCCAUUUGUGUCUAUGGUGCUGCGUAAGUAUGUGAAGGACUCCACUUCUUCCAGUGCCUUUCCUGAGUCCAUCCAACCAAAAGUAAACUCAUCCUCAUCCAUAAUAUUACAGUCAUGAAAAAGAGGUGUUACAUUCUCGUUUUACAAAUAAAUAUAUGUUUACCAAUUAAGAAAAUAUAGUUCAACGUGAUUACAUUUAAAUAAGUAUACCCAUAUCUCAAAUAAAAAUAUCAAAACCCAAUCAUUUUACACACAUGAAAAGUUAAUCUUACAAGCAGAGCCAUAUUUUUUUUCUUUAAUAUUUCAUUGGCAUGAACAAAGAUGGGUUAAGAUUUCCUUUAAAAAAAAUUAAAUAUAUUUUUGUUUUUACUUUGCGAAAAGUAAAGUGGGUGUAUAUUUUUAUGAGAUUAAUAACAUUUCUUUUUUAAAAAAAACACUCAAGGCUUUUACCGACGGGAAAAAUGGUUGAGGGAUCUUUCUUUAUAUCAAAGAAUUCUUUGUUUUACGAUUUUCCGAUAAAUAGUAAAAAAACAAGGCAAAAGUUUAGUUACAUUUUUAAUGAAGAUAACAAAUUCCGUUAAUAAUAUAUAUAUUUUAAAUGUUAUGUAGAUUUUUCGUUGUAAAUUUAAGGUCAUGUUUUACAAUUUUUAGAGAAAAAAAAUUGUAGUUCAGGGGCGCAAAAAGGGUAGUGUAGUUGGAUAUUAUAUAGCAGAUAGAUAUUUCUCAAAACUAAAUGAGGUUAGAAACGUAAACAUCAUUUCAUAUAUAAUUGUUUUGUUUUUAAAAAAAAGGAAUUCUGAUGAGUUUUUGCAAUAGCAGGUAGAAAAUACCACAAAAUGCAUGCCAUUAAUAUCCCGGUUCCAUCGGGUCAUAUAUUAUAGUUUAUAAUAGAUGAUGAAGAUUGGAUCAAUUAUUUUGUAAGCCACAUGCGCUCUAAUCUGACUCCCUCAUCUCAUUGACUGUCUCAUAAAAAUAAUUAAAUAAAGACUAAAAUUAAAUCUACACUUCUGUGUUAGUAGCAGCUUAAACACUUGAAAUACAUCUCUUACUAUUUGUGAAUGUUUAAUUGAUGAUAACACGAUAUAGUAGUUUUUUUCUUUUACACCACAGUUAUCCCUGAGCAUAUUGUAUUGUAUCAUCCCUGUGAACAAGUCAGGGUCAGUGGCAACAUUUAUACUAAUCUUACACCAAAGUCUCCUGUCAAGUGGUCUCUCAUCUUACAUUUUAAAUGGUUCAGAUGGAAAGGGUGGAAGAAAUGGAUUGCUCGAUGCCAAUAGGGAAGGCAUCUUUUCACUGCCGGGCUAUAUUUCUAUUUACAUGUUUGGUGUACAACUUGGAGCUUUUCUAUUUCAAGAGAGGUAUUUUGACAAGAUAUCAUUGUUAUAAUUUGUCAUUGUAUUUAUGCUAGUUAUUUUCAUCGCCCUUUGCUUUUUUUUAGUCAUAUUACCGUAACAACUCUGAAGUUUUGGAAGACAUUGAAUUUAUAAUUUUUGGAAAAUUGUGUUUUUAAAAAAGUAUUUUUUAUAUUGUUUAAUUUCGUACUUUUUAAGUCAAAGUGUACAAAGUUUCAGCUCAAAUGGAGAUCAGGAAAUGGGUAAAUUUUAAGAUGCAAGAUAUGUCCUGCAGAGGUCACUCAAAGGUCAGUGGAUGUCACUAGUGACCUACUGAUCAUGAAGUGGUGUAUUGUAUUUUUGUUAAGAUAGCUAAAUGAGAAAGUGGAAUUUUAAUUAGCUGAUGAGCACUUAUCAGCUUUACAUUAAAAAUCACAUAAUAAUUUUAAUGGUUUGCUUUCUUCCCAGAUUUUUCAUUGAGUAGCAGGGUCAAAUACAUUUUUAAACAAAAACUUCUAUAAAUUAAUUGAAUCUUUUUUUUUUUUUACUUAGAAAAAAUCUAAAAGAGUGGUGGACAGCAGCUAAGAAGUUGUCAUAUAAAUUCAUAUUGUUCACCCUUGGCAUGUCCAUUGGUCAUUUAAAAAUAGAACCUGUUUCAAGAAGACUUGCCAAUGCAUCAUUUGUAUUGUGGGUGGUAAGUUAUUUUUUUAUCAUACAGUGUGAGUCUUGACCUCAAAAUAAUUUGCAGAUGGCUCAUUAAUUACAUGAAAACAUAAUUAAAUAAUUCAUAACAAUGGUUGCAGUGCUUCAAAAUAAUGUACCCCACUCUGUUUAUACCAGUAAAAGUGAUUUUGUAACUUAAUUUAUUUGAUGGGUAACAGGUUUAACUGGCAACAUUCAUGCUGAAGGCAGAGUUAAUAUCUUUAAAUCCAUGGCAACAUUCAUUUCCUUAAUAUCUGACCAAAAUAAUUUGCUAUGUUCUUUGAUUGCUGUUGUAUUAUUUAUAGACUUCAAUAUGUUUUAACCUCAAUAUGUUUCAACCUCUCAGAUGAGUCUCAGCUACUUUAUGAUUCUGGAAUGCUUGGUUGGAGAAAUUAUCAUAACGUGCAUCAAGGCUCAAAUUAAAAUUAACAUGACGUCAAAAAUCAAAGAUACCAUGAAAAAAGAGGCUCAACAUUCUCUUGUUCAGACUACUGCUAAGUUGCAAAGAAAUGUCCAAUGGAAAGAUGAUUCCAAUAAACUCCAUUCAGAGGUUUGCACAAACAAACCUGACUUCGAUGUGUGUACCAUGAAUGCAGUAAGUUUCAACUCACUGUUGUUCUUCCUACUUGCCAAUGUCAUGACUGGUUUAGUUAACAUGAACAUAUCAACACUGCAAACUUCAGAUUUUAGUGCUGUGGCUAUUCUUGUUGUUUAUAUGUUUUUAUUGUGUCUCGUAGCCGUAAGUUUAAAAGCAAAAAAUAUAUCCACUAAAAUAUGGUAAUUUUCUUAAUACCCAAUAAAACAUUUGAAUUAAGUUUAAGUGAUUGCUUUACUAUUCCAUUGAUAUUUAAAUGCAAUUAAGAAUAAAUAAAUUAAAAAAUCUUUGAAAAAAAGAAUUUUUAAAAAAGUUUUUAAAGUCAUGUUUAAACACACUUAAAAUUCACUACAAAAUGAAAUAUGUGUAGAAGGAUAAAAAGGCACCAUGUGAAUCCAAAGAAAGUAUGUGUAGAACGAUAGAAAGGCACCAUGUGAAGCCAAGGAUAGAAAGGCACCAUGUGAAGCCAAAGGAAGAAUGUGUAGAAUGAUAGAAAGGCACCAUGUGAAUCCAAAGGAAGUAUGUGUAGAAGGAUAGAAAGGCACCAUGUGAAGCCAAAGGAAGAAUGUGUAGAAUGAUAGAAAGGCACCAUGUGAAUCCAAAGGAAGUAUGUGUAGAAGGAUAGAAAGGCACCAUGUGAAGCCAAGGAAUUCCAAUUAUAUGUAGAAGAAACUUAAAUGGUUUUUUUCUCCCCUUAAAAUUGUAAAAAUAUAUAUUCUGCCAACAAUUAUAUUUAAUUACAUUUAUUAGGAAGCUAAAAAUAUGAAUAUUUCAGUUGAUCUAUCCCAUGAUGCCAUUGACAUAUUUUUAAGAAAAGGAUUUGAAAUAAUUGUUAAUGCCUUUGACAAUAAAUGUAAAGUUUGUUUUCUUUCUGGACUGUCAAAUCUUUACUUAAGGAGAAAAAGAUUUUUGUAAACUACUGUAUCUCAAUAAUAUUUUUGGAGUCACCAAUGAGAAAUAAAAGUGACUAAUGUUAAUCAAGAAAUGCAGCUUUUCUUUUUUUAUGAAAUGAUUAAAAAAAACAACUUGAAAUUAUAAAAUAAU